ACUUAAAGCAGCUGCAGCAACUUGAGGAACUGAAAACAUUAUCUUUUUGAGAUGACUCAUUUGAUAUGUUAUCUUUAUUUGUUCUGCUCUCCGGUAAAGUUAAUGUUUGCAGUGCAGCAGGAAGUGGAGCUGCAGGUGGGACUCACCCCGAGCAAAACCCUGGUGUAGAACCAUCGCUCCACCAGGAAGGCCAUGUAGAAGUGGACGAACAGGAAGACGUUGAUCCCGAGCCACACCAGCUGUGACACACAUCACGUCGGGUUAAAUGGAAAGACGGUAAAACAAGCCUGCGGGAGUCGGCACCGACCGAGGCACCUGAUGUAAAACGUCAGAAGAAGCACUGAAGGUCCAUGUCCAUGAGAGAAAAAACAAUCUGCUGCUGGAGCCGCGGGACGCGAACCCUCUGAUGAAUCAUUCAGCGGCGGACGCUCACCAGCUGAUUGGAGUCAUGCGUCUCGGCUCCGGGGCCUCGCAGCAGCAGUCGGGCUGCUCUCAUUGGUGAAACAUCAUCGUGGAGACAGAGGACGAACAGAUCCUCAAAGACAAGCAGCUCUGGAAUCUGAUUAUGUCCGUCUCUGUGGGGCAAAGUCACACCCACAGUAAAACUUAUCCGACUGUUCCUUCACACGUCAUGCGAGGAUGACUGCGGCGUUGCAGGUUUCCCUUCAACAACACUCCACACCCUGAAAACACAUACUUCACUGUCGUCUUCACAUUCUCUGCAUUGUGUUGAUGUUUUUGAGUUUGUCGGCCCCGCUGCGAGUCUCUUAACCUGAAAUAGCACUGAUUUGCUCGGGGCAUCAUGUGAUUGGCUGAAAGGUUCUCUCCUGAAAGGAUCUUUUCAGACACUCAGACAGUGACGGCCUUUCUUCAACUUUCAGAAUUUCAUUAAUCGAGAAAACACCGCAAGUCACUUCCUCUGCUCUGCAGCUUCCGACCACGAUGACCAGACGAAAUAACUAAACGCCCUCCAGCGGCGAGGACCGGGGGGGCGGGUCCAGUCGGAGGGGGGAGGAGCCUCGGAGCUCCAGCUGGUGUUCGGCUGAUGACGCGUGAUCAGGUGGAGAGAGAGAGAAAUCUCUUCACAGAGGAAUGGGCGUCGAAAUCACCGAGGAAGGGAAGAGGCAGUGAACGCAACACUCCGCAGCCGCAGCAGCAGCAGCAGCAGCGGCUCCUCCACGGGGACUCCGCCGGACCACGGGCGGCACCCUCCGGACUCCGGACAGCCCCGGUCCCGGCCCCGGCCCCGGCCCCGGCCCCGGUCUGUGUUAGAGGACUCGGUCUCCAGGAGCGUUAACUGCAGGAUGACGGGAGGCGGCAGGAUGCUGUGGCUGCUGCUCUGUCUGCUUCCUCUGGCGGGCGGCGGCGGCGCAACGCUCACUCACAACGCCACGCACCGAGGAGGACACGACCACGAGAAUGUUGCCGUGACAACAAGGCCUCACAUCUACUUCUGCCGCUCGCCCAACAUGGAGGACUUCACCUGCUGGUGGCAUCCGCUCGACAACCUGACGGACGGAGAGGCCGUCACCUACGUCCUCACCUACUCCAAAGAUAAAGGUCCCAGUGAAGAAUGUUCCGACUACGUGACGGGCGGUGCCGACAGCUGCCACUUCGACAGCAGCCACACGACCAUCUGGAAGAUGUACUGUAUGAACGUGACGGCCGUCACCGCCCGGAGGAACUACACCUCUCAGGAGCGCUGCCUGGACGUGGCAGAUAUAGUUCAGACCGAAGCUCCGGUCAACUUGACCUACACGCUGACCGACGCCGGCGGCGACGAGAUGGGCCACAACGCGCAGCUCUCCUGGACGUACCCGGUGCCGUCGCACCUGCAGUACGGCUGGAUCACGCUGGAGUACGAGCUGCAGUACCGCCGCAUCGCGUCGCCCCACAACUGGAAGGUGAAACACCCUCUGCGGGAGCCGCGCGUGGAGCUGCUCGGCCUCCCCGUCGACGACUACAUGGUCCGAGUUCGCUGCCGCUCGCAGAACUACGGCCUCUGGAGCCACUGGAGCUCCGCGCUCCUGAUGAGCAUCCCCAACAAACUGCCGGCAGGGAAGCUGUUGCUGCUCAUCCUGGUGUCGGGCGUCGGCAUCUUGGCGCUGCUGGUGAUUGCCUUCGGCGUGAUUCCACAGAGCAGAAGAAUAAAGGAUUACUUCCUGCCGCCCAUCCCCAAGCCACGGAUCAUGGGCAUCGACCCGCUGCUGCUGAAGAAGGGGAACCUGGAUGAAAUCAACCGUCACCUGAGUAACUUCCACAGCUACAAACCUCCGAGCUACACAGAGGAAGUCUGGGACCAUGUCAGCGCCGACAGCUUGUAUCUCACCACGCCGAAGGACUACAGCAUCCCGGCCGCGCCCACCGACUGGGAGAGGGACGCCCUGGUGGUCCCAUGUGUCCUGACGCCCGUGGCCAUCCAUCGUCAGCUCGCGGCACAAAACCCGGCACCGUACAUGCAGAGCAUGUCGCCCUACUGCUCGCCGCCUCCUGACGCCUUCGCUCCGGCCGCGCCCUCCUUGUGGACAAGGCCCGGGAUCGAGCCGCUGCCGGGGACGGACUACAGCUUGACGGGACACGGCAACUCUUCCACUGCUCCCGACGCCGCCGCGGUCGUCGGCAAUCGCUCGCCACAGGACUUCUACACCUGCGUCCAGCUCAUGAACGUGAGCGGCGAGGUGCAUCUGGUGCCGUGCCUGCCGCCGCAGCCGUACUGCAGGGAGUUCCCCCCUCUGCCCAGAGUCGACGUGGAAGCAGGCGAGAAGGAGGAGACGCAGAGGAAACUGGCCGAAUACCAAGCCAGGAAGAAUUUGAUGGCCGAGCCGAGAGACGCCGGCAAAGCUUAGAGGAGCGAAGCUGCCGCCUGUCGCUGUUGACAGCGAAGACUGAAUGAGAGAGGAAGCACGUCAACAAAGACGCAAAGUGAACAUCGCAGAACGGGCUGAAAUGUGGGAACUGUUGCAAAGCAGGAGUCCGUCCAAGCGACCGGACGUUCGAGCCCUGAUGUGCAGAACUCGCACCGAAAACAAUUCUACAAAGAAAAAAAUCCAAAUUCAAAGACAAUAACUCGCCGACGUGACAUUUCCACAUGCUGCUUUUCCCGAAUCUCUUUUUUUUUUCUGUCUCUGCAAAGCUUCACAGUCGAGGUCGUAUGUGUUUCUCAGGUAAAAUUAAUAAAAAAAUGUAAAAGUGCAAUGCCGUUUCGCGAGGACGAAGGUUGCUUCAUGUCAACUGCUCGGUACAUUUCAUUCAGACCCACUUUCUUCUGUCUCCGUCGGUGUUAACGUUCAGUGAUGAAACCAUUCACCUUCCUCAUCACAGCUGAGAUCAGCUGUUCUGGCCACAAAUAAAAGAAAUAAUAUCACCAGCUUGUUUCCCCACGUGAUUUUCAUAUUCAGGAUACAAACUCAUUUCAUUUUGACACGUGGUGGUACUGACGCACGCCGACUCCGUAUCCUGAACAUGAAUGUAACAUUCAUCAACAAGGGUUUGAAUCCUUCUGUUGCCUCGUCCUUCAGGGUCUAAGUUCCACUGCAGAGGAGAAUCCUGCCAUAUUGUUCCUCCUUCAUUCAUACUGAUUUAUUCCAAAAAAAUGUAUUCCGAUCCCGAGGCAGAAUAUCCGUGGAUGUCUGUGUUGUUUUGUGAACUUUCCAAAGUGAACAUCCAGAAAACCAACAAGUUUGGUUCCUAGUUAUCAGACUUCUUUACAGAUGUAAUAUUUGGUGGGAUAUGUCGACCCUUCAGACAGUUUAUUGUGCGAGCGAGGUUAUUCUGGACGAUAUCUCAGACUUCUAGAUCCUAAUAUCGAAUCCCAAAGUGCUCCAGUGAUCGCUGGUGGCCAAAACUCGAUAAAGGUCUUUUGAUUAAUGCACUUCUUUGUCCCCUUAUUGUCCAUCAUGUCCCGACUCGUGCUGUAAACGUCGGCAUCGUGGAAGUCUCACUUUCCCACUUCAGUUCAUCUUCUUCUUUCCCUUCACGCGUUGGCGAGGAGUGCCAAAGGAACCCAGAGUACAAAACCGAUGCUGAUGUUGCCAAGCACCAACGACGAGCCAAUGGCAUCGGAUCAGUUUGUCACCUAUCACCAUCAGCUGUUGAAUUUCGACUCCUGAAGCCUUGACAAUCGUGAAAUGCUGUAACUGAGGUUUUUGCGAUGGGUUCUAGGUCUUAUUAAUAGUUCAAACCUUUAAUGUAUUAACGUCUUCAAAGCGUCCGCUCCUCGUCCCGGACGCUGGGGACUCGGCCAGCAGUGAUGUCGUAGCGUCGGCGUAUUCGUCUUGUUGCUGUUGCAGGUAGACGUCGUGCCGUGAUCCAUAUUUGUGCCUUCCCCCCCCCCACGGCUCAGUAUUUGUCAGCUGUUCCUCUGUUGUGUGGACCAGCCGACGUGCCGCUCCCACACGUACACGCCUGGAGAGUCAGUACCUACUGUGUGUGCACAUUGUGUCGGGUUUAAUUCACCCUUUAUUUUAUUGUGACACUCUUCUUGUCGGACGAAAGCACUCUGGGUUUUUCUAUUCACCGCAAUAAAAAGUGUAAAGGCA